AUGAGUUACGCUCGCCCUAAACGGGGUAAACCCGAGCGCUGGGUGCGCGAGGCUGCCGGCAACGACGACGUCGAGGGCAUCGACGCCGCGCUCGACGCCGCGAAAGACAGGGAACGGCUUCUGAACAAGGGGGACUUCGUCGGCAGGACCGCUCUCCACUGGGCAGCGGGACGGGGCCGGGCCGACGCGGUGCGCCACCUCCUCGCGCUCGGGGCCAGGGUCAAGCUCUCCGGCAACCAGGCGAGCCCGCUCCACGACCUGGCGGCGAGCGGCUCGCCCAACGCGCCGGCGCUCGUGCAGGAUCUCCUCGCUGCCGCGCCCUGGCAGCUCACGCACCGCGAUAACAUGGGUCACUACCCCGUCGACAAGGCGAGGGACGUGGGUGACAAAUCCAUGGCGCUCGCGCUCGACGCGUUGAUGAUGACGGUCGUCGGCAAGCGCGGACCGACCGCUAAACCCCGCACUCCCAGCUCGUGGAUGCCGUCGUGCAUGUCCGCGGGGAAAGCGCGCGGAAUCGUGGGAAGCGACGAGAGGCCGCUGCUGGAAGGGGCGGCACGCGCGUGA